CUGCCAAGCACCGCAGGAAAGCAAAACUCCGCGGCGGGGUGGGGAGGAAGCUUUGAAAAGGAACGCGGGCGGGCGGCCCGCCGGCUGUCCGCGAAGAAGGGGAGCCGAGACGAUCUGCAACAUUGAUGGGUCAGAAAUCUGGACAUCCAGAGGAAAACAGAUAUCUCAGACUGGACGAUUAUCAGACUUUGACAUGGGAGAGGAAAGAAGAAAGCAAGAAGGAUUUGGAAAGGGUUAGCAAGCAGCUCGAAGAAAUCUUGGGAAUGGCAGACUUAAGAAACGGUGCGGUUGGCUUAUACAACAUUGGGUUGAGCUGCUGCGUCAACUCAUUGCUUCAAAGCUUCUUAAUGAACAGAUACUUCACUAUGAUACUCCGGAGGAUCAAAAUACCAUUUGGAGCAGCAGAACAGAAGGUCCAUGUCCCUUACCAAAUGCUUCUGCUGUUGGAACAGAUGCAGCGGGCCAAGGGAAACUCUGUGUACCCUUGUAAUCUUCUCUCCUGCCUUUCCCAUCAUGGUAUCACAUUGUUUGUUCUCCGCGAUGCUUCAGAACUCUAUUGCAAACUCUGGAACCUAAUUAAAGACCAAAUCACAAACACCGACCUGGUUGAAAAACUGACUCUUCUAUAUACCAUCCAUCUGCAUCAGCUCCUAGUGUGUCAGAAGUGUUUCAGUGAAACAAAGAUAGACAGUAACCAGCUAAUGCUUCAUCUUCCAAUGCUGGAUUUUGAUUCUCAUCCGAUUAGGACCCUGGAAAAUUCACUCCGCUGCUUUUUCAGACCAGAGGAAUUAACUAAAGCAAAUAUGUGUCACUGUGAGCAGUGUGACAAGAAAACAACACAUCUGCAGGGGACGAAAAUAAUGUAUUUGCCACAAACGUUGACGUUGCACCUCAUGCGCUUCUGUUCCAAAGAAGGCAGCAGAACUAAGAAAAUCAGACAUAGUUUGGACUUCCCACAAACACUAGAUUUCAGCCAGAUCCUGACACCGGAACAGUAUCAUCCAGAUGCCAAAAAGAAGAGUGAUGGACUGUAUGAUCUCUUUGCGGUUGUUGCACACUCAGGACCAGCUGAUUUUGGUCAUUAUUGUGCCUACAUCUGGAGUCUCUCUGAACACAAGUGGUAUUGCUUCAACGAUUCCAGUGUUUGUGAGGUAUCCUGGGAUGAUGUCAAAUGUACUUAUGGGAGAGCAUCUCUCUGUUGGGGUGAAACUGCUUACCUCUUGAUUUACAUGAGAAGGAAUGGCAGGUCAUUCUGAAUGGAGAUGAAGAUCCACAAUAACUGGGGAAAGCUCCUGUUCACACGUUCCAAAUAAAUGUAGAAUCUAGCAGUGUCUAUCAGCAUCAGUGAAUGAGAAUGCACGUGAGAAAUGUGCUUUUCAAAAGGAGAAUUAGGAAUGUAGUUGGUACUUUGAGUCUCCACCCCUGAAAAUGAGUCGUAAGCAAAAGAAUGAAUUUCUUUCCAACAAGCUCUGGAAAUCUGCCCCUAACUGCUUCUUGGAGGGGUUGUCGAGAGUGACCGCAAUUUAGCCUAGAAGUAAAAUUAGUCUGCACAACAGUAAUAUGUAUUAGUGUGCCUGAUGGAAAUGAAAUUAUAUACCUGAAAUGGCAUUGUCUGAGUGACCUGAGUAAUUCCUUUUCUUUAAAGGGGACAUGAUUUUAUACUUUCUCUUCUCUACAAAGUGACAUAGGAAUUGUAAGAUGCUGCUUGUUUUAAAAAAAGAUUCUACAUCUGGUUAUAUUCUUCCUUUCUCUCCCUUGCUUCACAUCUUUU